UGCUGUUUUCACACUUUUCCAAACAUCUGUGUUGAACCAGUUCUUUCUACAAAGCUCUGAAAAAGUACCUGCAGGAAAUGAUAGAAAAGUAAAAUGCACAUCUUACACACGUCUUCCGGAGGAGCAGCAGAGUCUCGUUAUUGCACUAAUCCUGAGCUCAAAACCUGAUUUCACUUUGUCACAUUAUCACAUCUGUUCUGAAAUGAUUUUAGCUCAGGAUCAGGAUCAGGACCAGGACCAGGACCAGGACCAGGACCAGGAUCAGGAUCAGGUUCAGGACCAGGACCAGGAUCAGGAUCAGGCUCCUGGCAGAACAUGAUGGAGGAACGAAGGGAAAUCCACAGCGUGUGGUCGAAUGUUUUAUGAUGAGUGUUUUAAAGAAAUGAGAUUGAACAGAAUGAUGAAAAAAGCAGAUCAGUGAAGGUUACAGCAGACGGUAUUCAGUAGCGCCAUCUACAGGUGACGUCAUGCCUCUUUAGUAAAGCGUUCAUGAGUAAAUAAAUCAUUCUCACCAAUCUUACAUUCGUUUCUAAACUAAACUAAACUAAACUGAACUGAACUAAACUGAACUGAACUAAACUGAACUGAACUGAACUGAACUGAACUGAACUGAACUAAACUGAACUAAACUGAACUGAACUAAACUGAACUAAACUAAACUAAACUAAACUAUCAGGAAUAGAUUUAAUAUUUUACUAUAUUUGAAAGUAGAUUCGUUUUAGAUCAGAAAAGCAGGUUAUAAAUCCUUCAUCUGUUCACUGUGAUUCUGUAGACAAUAUAAAAUGAAACGUGUAUAAUAUUUAUGGGGGGCGGUCCUGGUGGGCGGUCACGUGAUUUUAAGGAAGCGCUUCUCUCCUGGAAAUAAAACUGUUUACUUUCGAUUUUCAAGCUGAAUCCGGAGAAACUUUACUGCUCAGGUCUGAGUUCCUUUUAUUCAUGGUAAUGUUCACCUUUUCCUGUUCUGGAAAGCGGAAGUUUGAUAAUAAAUCCAGGAAGGCUUCAUGCUUACAGUCACUUUCUCUUUCUGGAAUCUUCCCACUGCUCAGGCUGGAAACGAGCUCCAGAUGAAGAACUUCCAGCUGCACACUCACUUCCAGUCAUCUUCUGUUAAAGCAGGACCAAAGUAGAAGUUAAAAAUUGCUUAGGAGCCUGAAAUCAUGACGGAUCAAGAUCCAGAAGAUGAAAUGGAGAUCCAGUCAGGCACUGAGAUCUUCUCUGACGCAGAAGUCGUAAGCAGUUUGAGUAGAUGUGAACACACUGAUGAGACCUUUACACGUGUGAAAACUCGAGUGACCUCAGGACACUACAAGGAUAACGAAGGCACUAAGAAAACCAAAGCAAUAACCCAAGCCGGAAUAACUAGUCCCACAACAUCCAGAUGUUCUCAAGCUGAUGAGCAAGACAAUUCCAAGCAGCUAUUAGAAACAGACAUAAAGAAUAGGUUUGUGGUUCAUGAUCUGGAAAUGUUCAGAAAUUCUCCUGAACACAGCCAAGCUGAUGGUAGUGUAGAAAAUAUAAACAGUGAAGCAAUUCAAACAGCUGAAGCAUCACAAGAAGGUGGAAAUGAUGAAAUGCCUGAAGGAGGAUCUGAUUUGUCCAGUUUUACACUUGUGAUGUUUGGAAACACCUCUGCAGUCCAGCUUGGAGAUAAAAACCUACUAUUUGGAGCAGAACCUGUUCCUUCAGAUCAGGCCCACAUCUCCAGAAAAGUUAAAGUGUCAGGAUGUGAGUUGUCAGUGCUCAAUAUUCUGGACUUGCAUGAGGGGGAUCUGUACCUGGACCAUGUGGACCACAUCACUAGUCAGUUAGUCACUGAGAACAACAUCCACUGCUUCAUCUUUGUCCUGAAACUGGGACACUUUACAGAUGACGAUAAAAUGGGACUGGAAUGGCUGGAAGGAACAUUUGGAGAGCAUGCUCUUUCCUUUGUGAUGAUUCUGUUCACGUAUGAGAGAGAGGAGGAGUGUGACACCAUUAUAGACGACCUGAAGUACAACACUGUCCUAGAGCAACUGAUGAAGAAGUGUGGAGACAGAUACUGCACAUGUAGCAAGAGCAUGAACAACCAAUCAGAAAUCAGAACAAUGCUGAAGAAGAUCAAACAUCUCGUCUCUGAGAACAAUCGGUGCUGCUACACUGCUCAGAUCAACAACCAACUACCAUCUACUACCAACUUUAAACAACAGCAGGACAUGGAGAGGAACACGCAUGAAUAUAAGCGGCAGUUCCCAGGUGAGGAUGAAGAAACUUUAGGCAACACAAAGGAACAAGCACUGGUGACUGGAGACGUGUCAAGAGAAGGACAAAAUAAAAACAAGUGUGAAUAUCAGCUUGGAGAUGAAAACAUACGGCGGCUGUUCAGCAGACUCAAUCUUAAUCCACAACAUACACUGAAGACUGAAGAAUUUUUGGAGAUCACGGCAUCCUUACUGAACUGUCAUGAGCCGUGUACUGAAAAGGAUUUGGUUUAUACUUUCCUGCACAGGCUGUUCAUGAUGGACUACACCGCAAGAUAUAUCCCACUCAGACACGUCACUAAACCCAGCAGUCCACAAAAAGCCACAGCAUCGAAAGAUAUAUUCAGUGUCCUCUUUGACAGUAACUCGGUGGAGUGCAGUGCAGCCGAAGAGCAGUUCCAGGUUCACCCAAUGGAUAUUCAGAUGGCUGCUUUUCACCAUGCAGACAACUUUCUUCAACAGUUAAUGGUAACGAAGCUCUCUCAAUGUCAGUAUGCCGUACCUCUGCUUGUGCCCAGCCCCAUCACAGGGCAAAUUGAGUUUCCUCUCUGGACUUUUCGGCAAAUAAAAAAAAGUUGGAAGUCUUCUGAUGAUGAUGGUAAUAAAACCAGCAAAUGCAAAUCCAUAGUUGGAGAAGAAAUGCCAAUGGUGGCCUUCCUUAGGUUGGGAUCUGUGUCCUCAUCCAAAUCACAGCUGAUGAACAACUUGAUCAAUGAUCGAUAUCAUACAUUUUUUGACAGGAACUGCCCCCAGGACAGCAAAACUAGACUCCUGAUGAAUGGAGUUGUUGAAAUUGCCUGGUAUUGCCCCUCUGGUAAGAACUCUGAUUGGCUUUCUGAUUGUGUUGCCUUAUGUAAUUUUCAUGGAGAUGCAGGAACCAACACAACCCAGCGUGAGAUUGUGACACAAAUGUCCACAGUAAAUAUUUUACUUCUGUCUUCACUUGGUAAGAAUGAAAGUACCAGGACAAUUAUUGAGAAGCUCUACAAUUCCACAAAGCCUCUCAUUUUCCUUCUUACUGACAGUGACUCAGUUGCAGAGGAACUGUGUGAAGGCAAAUACAGAAUGGGUUUGAAAGAACGAAGUCAGUCUGAUGUGACUGAGGAAUUAAGGAGGACAAUCAGAGAAUGCUUAAAACACUCAUCUACUUUUAAACUUGAGAAUGUUGCCAACCAACUGAACAUAAUUGUAGAUGAAGCGAAAGGAGAAUGCCAAAGAGCAAAGGAAGCAGCAAACCAGCUCAUGAAGCUGCUCAACAAUGAAAAUCUGCCAAGCAUUAAAGAAAAAUACUUGCCCUGUCAAGGAAAACUGUGGCAUGACUGGUGUCAUGAGAACAAAAAACUCUACCGCUUGACUGGACACCUAGAAAACCACAAAAUGGCUAUAAAACAGGAAAUGAAUAAAAUACGCACUCGGCAGCGUGAGUUAGCGUUCAGCUGUCUUAUAAAACGUUUUAUUGAGAGUUUAAAUUCAUUAAAAGGAAAUGAAAGAGUUUAUUUUCUCAAGUGGGUUGGGAUGCUCCUGGACAGUCAAACUUCACAAUGUCUCUCCUCACUUCAUCAUCAAUUCGAUGAACAAUGGUCUAAGGUACUGGAUUUGAAGAAGAAAUCCAACAUGUCACCAUCAUUCAGUGAGCAACAAGCAAAACUGGAAAGAAUUUCCAGAGACCUGAAUGCUGUCACCUUUGGAGUAGAACACAUCCUUAGAGAAAUGGGACAGGUUUUUGAAGCCUGGAUGUCUGUACAAAGCACACAAUUAACAAAUGAAGCAAAAGUAAACAUCUCCACUCUUCCUCUGAUAGCUGCAGAAAUUAUAGUGACUGGAUAUCCGCUGGAGAUAAUGGAUGGAGAUGCCGGUCAUGUUCCUCUGAUGUGGGUUUCAGCAGUUCUAGAUGAACUUGUGAAGAUACUGGGAGAUCAGAGGGUGUUUGUUCUGUCAGUUUUGGGGAUUCAGAGCUCUGGGAAAUCCACCAUGCUGAAUGCCAUGUUUGGACUGCAGUUUGCUGUCAGUGCUGGAAGGUGCACCAGAGGAGCCUUCAUGCAGCUGGUCAGAGUGUCAGAAGAGAUGAAGGAAGAGCUGAAGUUUGACUACUUACUAGUUGUUGACACUGAAGGUCUUCGAGGUUUAGAGCUGGCUGAGAAGACCACAAUACACCAUGACAAUGAACUGGCUACAUUUGUUGUUGGUCUUGGAAACCUGACCUUGAUCAACAUCUUUGGAGAGAACCCUGCUGAGAUGCAGGACAUCCUUCAGAUUGUUGUUCAGGCUUUUCUGAGAAUGAAGAAGGUCAGACUGAAGCCCAGCUGUUUGUUUGUCCACCAGAAUGUUGGAGACGUCACUGCUGGAGAGAAAAACAUGGAGGGAAGAAGACGCUUACAGGAAAAACUGGAUGGAAUGACCAAGCUGGCAUCUAAAGAAGAAGAUGGUGAUGCUCAGUGCUUUAAUGAUAUCAUUGCUUUUGAUGUACAAGGUGAUGUUAAGUACUUUGCACAGCUCUGGGAGGGAAGCCCACCCAUGGCACCACCAAACCCAUCAUACAGUGAAAAUAUUGAGGAGCUAAGGAGAGAUAUUAUGUCAAAGAUAUCCACAAACCGCGGUGUAACACUUUCUCAAUUUAAAUCCAGCAUCAGUGAUUUGUGGAAUGCACUUCUAAAUGAAAAUUUUGUGUUUAGCUUCAGAAACACUCUGGAGAUCGCAGUGUACAGGAAACUAGAGCAUGAAUACACCAGAUGGACCUGGAGCCUUCGCAGUGCCAUGCUGGGAGCUGAGAACAAACUGCUGAACAGAGUCAACAAUGAAAGAUCUUUGAGGAUUGAGGAAAAAGAUCUUGUGGCACAAAUGGCAGUGUUGAAAAAAAGUGUAGAUAAGAAAGUAGUUGACUUUUUCAGGGAUGACCGUGAUAAAGAUAUUUUGAUCCAAUGGCAAGAGAGGUUUGAAAGAAAAAUUCUGGAUCUCUACAAUGAACUUGUGGAGGCAGCAAAAAGAAAAUUAGAUCAUGUUUAUCAACAGAAAAUUGCAAGAGAAAAGGUUGAUGAGGAAAAGACAAGGUAUGAAAAUAAACUCUUUAAACUGAGUAAAGAACUUGCUUUCAAUUUGAAAAACAAGCAAACUGAUGGAAAUGUGCUGACAAGCCAUUUUGAUGAUGUUUGGUCCACUUGGCUCUCUGAACUGUCUCAGGAUGCACCCAUGGUUGGUGACAUUGAUGUUUUUGGAGAUGUAACAAAGAUUUUGUCUGAAACAUUCGAGCUGUCGUUUGUCUGUGAUCGACAGAACCUGGGCAGUUACAAAGACAUCGAUGCUUUUGGAGAUUAUUCCGAUUAUGUCAUUUUCAAAAAGUCUCAAGUGUCCGUUCCACAAAAGGAGCAUCCCACAGAUGUAAACAUGGAACAGUCUGGUCGAUGGAGUCAGGCACGCAGCCUUAUUACUACAGUUUGGUCAGCAAUACAUCCACCAAGUACUCAACUAGAAAAUAAGUCCACAACAAACAUGUUAUCAUCAAAGGAAAAUGAUGAAUUCAGGGCCAUGAUAAAAAAUGUUUUUCAAAAUAGUAAGAAUGAAAUUCAGAGAAUGUCCAGUGCAGAGCUCGGCUAUAAUCACAGCUACAUUCAACAAAUAAUUCAAUUUGUCAAAACCAAUAUUAAUGAACAUCAACAGAAGACAUCUUUCUAUACACUCAAGAAGGAAUUCACAGUAGACCUCUGCCUUUUUAUCUGUAAGUUUGCUGCUGAGAAAUUUACUAAACUUCACAUGGAAUUUAAGGAAGUUAAUGAUGUCAGGCUCUACCUCAGUAAUCAGAAGCCUCAUUACUUCAAUAUCUUCAAGAACUACUCCAAUGGUGCCACCUCAGCUGCAGUGUUUGGUGAAUUCAUUGUGGACAAACUUAAGCCUUCUAUACUGCAGUCAGCGUUCGACCAAACUGCCAUCGAUGUAGCUGAGAAAAUGAAACGUGACGUUCCAGCAUUCAGUGGAAACAGGUCUAACCUGGAGAAACACAUUCUGACAUCACUAGCAGAAGAAGAAAACUUUGAGAACUACACUAAAUACCUUCACAAACCCAAAGAACAUUUUAAUAACUUUAUUACCAAGGAAGUAGAUAAAUACCUACUCGAAGACAAGAGUCAAGAGGUUCUGAAAACGAUCAAAGCUAACAUAAAGUCCAAAGGAAAGCGUGUGAUGAACGCGGUGAAUAAAUCAACAGAAGACGUCAAUAAAAUAAACGGAAACAUCGACAUGUGGCUGGAGUACUUCUCCAAGGAGCUGAAGGAUGAGCUUCAGUUUAAAGAAGAAUCAUGUCUUGAGCAGAAAGAGAUUACAGACCUUGGGUUUCUUCAGGAGAUCGUAAAUAAGGGCCUGAAUGACAUGGUGACAAAGUUACAAAAUACAUUUAAAACUAUUUCUGAUGUUAAACAGGAAAUGUUUAAGAAGAAACCACACAAAGUUCUGCUGGAUCACCUCUGUCAGUGCUGCUGGGCUCAGUGUCCAUUCUGUAACGCCAUCUGCACCAACACGAUGGAGGAUCAUGAUGGAGAUCACCGUGUCCGUUUCCAUCGAAACUGUGGGAUCAAUGGAUGGUCCUUCAUGUUUUCAGAAAACCUUGGAGUUGAUUUCUGUACCACGGCUGUAUCAAGUAACGACUUGUUCUUUCGAACAUCUGCUGGUGUGUUUUCUUUUAAAGAGUACAGAAAAGCAGGUGAAAAAUACGCCAGGUGGAACAUCAGCCCUGACAACUCUGAGAUGCCCUACUGGAAGUGGUUUGUGUGCAGGUUCCAGGAAGACCUGGAGAAGCACUACAAGAGGAAAUUUACAGGGAACGGAGAGAUUCCUCAAGAAUGGCAGGAGAUCACUAAAGACAGAGCCGUUGAAAGUUUAAGUGAGUUAUAAAAGUUAGAAUCAGUGAUGUGACACUGAGAUGUUUGAGUGGAAAACUGGAAAAUCUACAUACUGUGUGAGAGAAUAAUGAUAAUAACCCAAAAACUUAAAUCUCGCAUGCAGAGUCACAAUCUGACUCUAAAUACAACUCGGACUCUGUAUCUUUGUUUCUUACAAUAUUUCCUUUCAUUUUAUAGACUUUCAUGUAUUUGAUCACUUUUUCCUUUUGAUGAGUUUAAUGGCGAUUAAUCUGAUGUUUAGAACUAAAUUUCACAGAAUCAUGCAUUUUAAAUUUUUACUCAAAACCAUAAUAAUUAUGAAUUCUGUUGUUUUUUCUUUGGGCUUCACUCACUAAAUCUCUGUUACUACUCUGUGCUGUGUGCAUUAAGGUUCCAACAUCCUGAACUGAUGGAUCAAAAAUGAGACAGUGUUUAACUUGAUGGCUUUUUCCACUUUUUCCACACAGUAUAAAUAAUAAAAGAGUAAACCAA